UUUCAGGAACGACACAUGAUCACAGGGAGCAACCGUGACCCCUCUGUUGCCUACCACUUAUCAUGUUUCCUGCGCGAUUCUAAUUGCCCAUCGGACUUGAGCACACUUACUGGCUUCAAAAAGCUCAAGAAGAUAGAUCGUGAAGCUGUGCUAUUGGCACAAGAGGAGACCGCUAAAAAGAACCGGAAACGGCCUCAACCUACAGAUGCUAAGACGUCCUCAUCGAAGAAACCAAAAGUUGAAAGCAAAACUGCUGAUAUUCAAGAGCCCCUUCGCCUACAAAGUGAACGUUUGUGGAAGCUUCGCGACCAAUUAGAGCAGAAGGUUUCCAAGGAUGCCUUAAUUGGAUUGCUGGAGUACAACGACCAGCACGUUCCUUCCGGUUUGUCCAAUUUACUUGACGCCGUUUCCGAUGCCAUGAUGUUCGGUGCACUGGCCUUAUGCCCAAGCUGUAAAAACGGCCCACUACGUUAUUCUGGCAACCAGUACAAGUGUAGCGCGAUGGCUACCGAGUGGGCCGCUUGUUUGCACACCACGCGUGAACCAAAUCGGCUACCGUUUCGAAUACCAGAGGAGUACUUUGAUGUUGAUAUAUUGCGUAAUUACAAAUACGUGCCCCGCACUCGUCUUUUCGCCACGGAUAUAGUACCAGUAAACUCCACCGCAGGACAUCCAUCGAAUAAAAAAGGAAAGAAAUCUGCACUGAACUCUGACGGCUUGUCUCUUGACGAGGAUGUUGUUCGCUGCACACUCAAAGGUGGAGCUGUCGUGGACCCUGAAUCCGGUCUGGCCGACCGUGCAUCUGUCAUGAAAGGAAAUCGGGGUGAACCGCUGAGCGCCGUCCUAGGCAUGGUCGAUUUGGUCAAGGGAUCCAAUUCAUUUUACAAACUACAGGCUCUGAAAUCGGAUACCGGAGUAUCUUAUUGGGUGUUUCGCGCUUGGGGCCGUAUUGGCACUCAAAUCGGCGGAACCAAAUUGGAAAAAUUCACAACUGCGUCUUCAGCCCGCCAGUCAUUUGAGGAUUUAUAUCUCGAGAAAACUGGGAACGAGUGGCGGGAUCGGGAGAAUUUCCAGAAGAAGCCAUACAAAUUUUACGAAAUGGAUCUCGACUACGGAAAGUCCGAAGCGCAUAAGCAAAGUCUGGAAGAUGCCAACCGCGUCCCUUCCAGUCUACAUCCUGCGCUUCAAUCCCUCAUACGCUUCAUUUGCGACAUCGACUCCAUGAAACAAACCAUGUUGCAGUUUGAUCUCGAUUUACGCAGAAUGCCAUUGGGUAAGUUGUCUAAGCGACAAAUUCAUGAGGCCUAUGGUAUUCUGAACAAUUUGACCAAGCUGUUAGACCGGAGUUCAAAGAAAAAAGCUCCUCCGGAUCAGACCACGUUGCUGAGCGAAUCCACUCGCUUCUAUACCCUCAUUCCGCACGAUUUUGGCAUGAAAACUCCACCGUUGCUGGAUACUCUAAAAGUAAUCAAGGAAAAGUUACACAUGUUAGAAGAUCUUUUGGAGAUCGAGGUGGCCUAUAGCAUGCUCAAACAGGAUGUCUCGAUGAAUGAAAACCCAUUAGAUCAGCAUUACAAACACUUAAAAACGGAUUUGAAACCCCUAGACCCCGACUCGGAAGAGUAUGCCCGGAUUGUCGAAUAUGUGCGCCGUACUCAUGGUUCUACUCACACUCACUUCUCACUUGAAGUGGACGCCGUGUUUGAUGUGGAGCGUGCUGACGAGCGGAAGCGUUUCAAUAGUUUCAAACGAGCGCAACACAACAAGCAACUUCUGUGGCACGGAUCCCGACGCACCAACUGGAUGGGCAUUCUGUCUCAAGGAUUGCGCAUUGCUCCACCUGAGGCUCCAGUCACGGGUUAUAUGUUCGGAAAGGGCAUCUACUUCGCCGACUCAGCGAGCAAAUCUGCGAACUACUGCUUCAUGAGCCAAUCACAGCCAGAGGGUUUGCUACUGCUCUGCGAAGUGAUUCUAGGCGAUUGGGAGGAAUGUUUGGCUGCAGACGCUUCUCCCCUGGACCCGAAGUUCCACAGCCGUAAAGGUAUUGGUUCAUACACACCUGACCCGAGCACUCAUCACACAAACUCCGACGGUGUGAUAUAUCCCAUUGGCGAUCUCGUCCCUUCCGGCAGGCCCAAUGUGGCUCUUUUAUACAAUGAAUACGUCGUUUACGAUGCGGCCCAAGUGAAGCAAAAGUAUCUAGUCAAAGUGAAAUUCGUGACCUGAUCGAACUACUCUUUCUUCAUCCCGUUCGUUUUUGCAUUUACUGCACAACAUUUCCGAUUGUAUUCCACAUUUCAUGUUCUUUCCCAACUAUCACCUAAUAAUACACAUACAGAUUAUCUAUCCA